GAGCAGGUCUCUUCCUCCCCGGAGACCAACCCUGUUCCACAACACAUGUUGCCAACGUACGCUACGAAACAAAACGUAAACAAGACAAGAUGUUUAUUUCAUUUUUAAAUGAUGUUGUUUUGUUCUGUGUAACCCGAUCCUAGUUUCAGUCCUUUGGGUCGCACUUAAAAACUGCUUGUAUGUCUGGUCUUUGUCUGACACUUUAUGGUCGACACUGAUGUCAAUAGGUGAAUGAAAGCACUUUUAUUUUCAGUGUUUAUUAUCUAAUUCAGUAUGAUACGUCAGUUAGAAAAGAUUCGAAUCGGUGCCAUUGAACACCUCGAGUUCAUGGCUGAAGAGUGUGGAAGAAGGGCUCGAAAUCUGACUCUAAGCAAUUAUCGUGAUGUGGAAAAUAUUCACACCUCAGGGGUUUUGUCCUUAGAUCUGGAUGUGGAUGGUCGUUACCUCCUAUCUGGUUGCUCCGAUGGUAGUAUUUACAUACAUGAUCUUUAUAACUUUACCGGAACCCCAAGUUUCACAGCAAGUGCUGAGCAUAUUAUCGAGCGAACCCACAAAUUUGCACACAAAUUUAGUACGGAGUGUGUCCAAUGGUAUCCUCGAGACUCUGGUCUCUUUGUUACUGCAAGUAUGGAUAAAACCAUACAAGUGUGGGAUAGCAAUUACAUGCGUCCUGUAGAAAAAGUAAAAUUUGAAGGUCGCAUUUUUCAAAUACACAUGUCAACUAAUACAGGAUCCAAAUGUUUAAUUGCAGUUGCUGGUACUGAGAGCAUAGUGAGACUUGUCGAUUUAAAGUCUGGUUCAUACUCACAUGAGCUACGUGGACAUGAGAGUGCAGUGCUGACAUGUCGCUGGUCACCUAAUCAAGAGUAUCUACUAGUUACAGGAGGCUGUGAUGGAAGAAUAAUCUUGUGGGAUGCUAGGUCUGCCAAUACUGCUCUUCGAAUUCUAGAUCAAAAUAAUGGUCAGGUUACCUAUAAUAAUAAAUUUAAACUUAAGUCUCAUGAUGGUGCUGUUAAUGGACUAUGUUUCACUGAAAAUGGACUCUAUUUAAUCUCUCUUGGAUGGGAUGCUAAAGCAAAGCUAUGGAAUAUGACUUCUGGCAAGAGAGAAACUGUAGAGUAUGGUUCUGUCCCUUCUGAGAAGCGUAAAAGCAUCCAGUUUGAUGUUUCAGGCAGUUCUAGUAAAGAAAUUGUAUACAUCCCAUCCGAUGGUAAAAUCCUUGUAUAUGAGGUGCAAUCUGGGCAACUAGUAAAAACAUUACAAGGACAUUAUAACCAAGUUAAUUCAUGCAAGUAUAAUACUCUGUAUCAAGAACUGUAUAGCGCAGCAAAUGAUCGCAGCAUUUUAAUAUGGACUCCUGAUGUUUUGCAAGAAGCGGCCUACAAGGAGAGCCUGAAUACGCAAAGGACUUAUAGUAAAGGAACAUCCCGACCCAGUAAUGAAGUGACUCACGAUGUUUGGAGCAGUGAUGAAGACUAAUUAUUUGUAAUAUAGUAUUAUGAUUUGUUUA